AAAUAAUCAAAUUUCUCCUUUAGAAAACAGUUUUAUUGUGAAAAACUAAGUAAAUAAAUAUUUUAAUAAAAAUGGAAGAUAUGGCCCGUUUGGCUCUAGUGGAACAAUAUCUAAGAGACCCUGAUAACUGCUCCAAUGUUCUUUAUGAACUCCAUGGUGUUAUCAAUAACAUUUUAGAAAAUCCACACGAUUACGAUUUGAGAACAAUCAAAAACGAUAUAGUGGAGGGCCACGCAAAAUCAGCACCAUUUCAAGAUUACCUAAAAUAUAUUGGAUUUGAAGUAGAAAAUAAUAAAAUAUCAUAUCCCAAAGAGCAAACUUUGAGUAGGCUGAGGUUAGCACUAGCUACUAUAGAAAGGAAGAUAGGAUUCUGUUGCGGUAGAUUGCUUGAAAACAGAAAUACCCAAUCAGAAAACAGUUCUGCACAACCUAGAAGAACAGAACUAACACCACUGAGUGUCUUGGUAAGUGUGAGAUAAUGGUCAUGGUGUGAUAUUCAUAGGUUCAGAAUAGAAAUGGAGGUAUAAGCUUGAAUGAUUUAAUUUCAUAUACUAAAAGGAAAAUAUUAAAAAAAUGGUUAAGGUCAUUUAUGGAUGACUGCUUAAGGUCUUACAGAAACACUGAAAUAACAAUUAAUUCUUAAUCAUAUCUCAUUUUGAAUUUCUACUUCACUUGUUUGUUUUUUGUUUAUUACAUUACUUGCAUUUAUUGAAUGUUGUCUUCUAAUCCCUUAUACAGAAAACAAAAAAUCCUCUGCUGCUGAAAAUAGAAACAUUAUUUAAUGAUAUGAUUCAAUAUGAAGAUGAGGAAUUACAGAGGCUGGCCAGAAAUGAGAUUCCGAUACUUACACUGCAGCUUCAAGCCAUAGACAGACUCAGAGAACACCAAAGUCAAAUUAAAAAUGGUGAAAUUGAAGCCGUGGACAUGCCAUUUGAUAUUGCAAUGUUGAUGGAACUGAUGCACUGGUACAAGCACAAAUAUUUCAAGUGGGUGGACAAGCCCGAAUGUAAUCUAUGCACCGCUGAUACUAAAUUCAUAUUUACCACAAAAUUAAAGAGUGGUACUGAAGUCUGCCUCGUUGAGGUAUACGCAUGCACCAGAUGUCCGAAUCGUGUAAAUUUCCCGCGGUAUAAUGACCCUCGUACGUUGUUGCGAACGCGCCGCGGCCGGUGCGGCGAGUGGGCGAAUUGUUUCACGCUAAUGUGCCGUGCAUUAGGAUAUGACACCAGAUACGUUUAUGACACCACGGAUCACGUAUGGUGUGAGGUGUUUGACUACGACUCGAACGCUUGGCUCCACGUGGAUCCAUGCGAGGGUAGGCUCGAUGCCCCGUUAAUGUACAGCCACGGCUGGGGCAAGAAACUCUCAUACGUCAUCGCGUGCUCCAAAGACGACCUGCAAGACGUUACAUGGCGAUAUACUACCAAUCACAAAGAAGUGUUACAACGUCGCAACCUAUGUUCUGAAGAAGAGUUAAUCUCUACACUGUUGCUACUGCGUGAACGGCGUCAACGGCAGGUGUCAGCCGCCAGAAGAAAAUAUCUAGCGAAACGAACCGUUGAGGAGCUAGCACAAUUCCUAGGAGAAAGAAAGCCGGGUGACAGUGAGAGGCAUGGUCGUAUAUCCGGGUCGACGGUUUGGAAGAUGGAACGCGGCGAGACGGGCAGACUAACACCCCGACAUACGUUCCUGUUCACCAAACCGGGCAAUAUAUUUAUACGGUACUUCCCCGUGGCGGACGAGUACCGGAUAUCCGGGCCAGAACCGGGCGUUAUACAAACGUGGUCAGCUGGCGCGCUCGAAAUCACCAACAUUUUCAGAAAAGAAGAGACAGAUUGGAAGCAAGUUUAUCUGGCGAGGAAGAUAAACGAAACGGUCGGUGUUGUGUCAUGGCGGCUAACAGCUGGCUCUGGUAACGUGUUCAGCUCCCUCACUGUGUGCGCAGUCCACGCUGUGUUCAGUGGGGGGAAGGUGACAUGGGGACUAGAGAUCGAUGGCGGACAAUAUGACAAUGUUGACAUCGGAGCUAAUCCUCUACGCAUAGAGCGUCGUUACACCACUGCAACCGUAAUCGCCAAAAUCAGUGGAGGAAGCGGAGAACACGCCUGGCAACACGCGCAACUGUUCCGCUUACCUACAACCUCUUACGCUCCAGGUUUACAAAUAAUGGCAACAUUAGAAGAUUCUAGAGAGCCUAAAAGCUCUUCAUCAGCCGAAGGAGAACAAACGUCAAAGUAG